AUUUUUAUUUUAUACUGGCCACUUUUACCAAUACGUGGCAUUACCACGAACAACUUCCACGUUCGCCGCCAUUUUGACAUCCAAGCGAAUUGUAAAGAAUUCAGUGAAGUGAAGCGUUUUUACUUGAUAUUUUAGUUAUUUGCUCCUGAAAGUACUAUAUAUAUAAGCACCAAAAUGGGGAAUAUGUUUGCAAAUUUAUUUAAAGGCCUAUUUGGCAAAAAGGAGAUGAGAAUAUUGAUGGUCGGCUUGGAUGCUGCUGGUAAAACCACAAUUCUAUACAAACUUAAAUUAGGUGAAAUUGUUACAACAAUACCUACUAUUGGAUUCAAUGUGGAAACUGUAGAAUACAAAAACAUCAGUUUCACUGUGUGGGAUGUCGGUGGUCAAGACAAAAUUAGGCCAUUGUGGAGGCAUUAUUUCCAGAAUACACAGGGUCUCAUUUUUGUAGUAGACAGUAAUGACCGAGAGCGUAUCGGCGAGGCACGCGAAGAACUUAUGCGAAUGUUAAGUGAAGAUGAACUACGAGAUGCCGUACUUUUGAUUUUUGCAAACAAACAGGAUCUGCCAAACGCAAUGAACGCAGCUGAGAUAACGGAUAAGCUGGGGUUGCACUCGUUGCGUAACCGCAACUGGUACAUCCAGGCGACAUGCGCUACCUCUGGUGACGGCCUCUACGAGGGGCUCGACUGGCUCUCCAACCAACUUAAGAACGCAAACCGCUAACCGCCUGUGCGAUACCGACACGCAGCAAAUAUGGUUACUGAAAGAGACUAUGGUUUAAGAUAAUAUGUUAACUUUAUUUGCUAUUAAAUACAAUGUAUUAUGUGCGGAAUCAUAAAUGUAUUACCGAUGCGUCACCCGGCGACCGAGCUCGCAUCGCAUUCUCUCCGAACCACUCGCAAAAGAAGUCGAACACUGCACACCCGCUGUUCCACUCGGAUUUGCGACCGUCAAUAUAGUUUAUAUUGUAAGUGUUCGGGCGUUAUGCUGUACUUAGUGAAGUGGUGUUAGGGUCCACAUACGAGGUGCGUUGUUUGUUCGAUCCCCGAUGACGUUGAACAAAACAAACAUAGUGUGUAAAUUUAACGCAAAAUUACAAUUUUGUUUAUAAUUAUACUACAAUAAACGGACGGAAGAAAUGGUGUACACUUAUUGUGUGAUCGCGCAUUGUGAUGUGGAUAGGUAUGUAGCUGACACGUGAUAAAGUGGAUCACAGCAUAACAUGUUUUAUAUGUAUACUAUAAUGUGGAAUAAGUUGUCGUAAUAAAGUAUUUAAAGUUAAUUCACUC